AUGUUGCUUGUUGCUAAUACUUCGGAGUUUAUUGAUAAGGAGUUUAGUUUAUUGUGCUACCUGGUAGCGCCGCUAUACAUUCGUCGCGUCUCGUGUAAUACCUGCGUUGCCGAACGUAUGCCCCUCCGACGGAUAACAUUGAGCGGGCGAUUAUCUGCUAAGGAAAGCCAGGAGGUGUGGAAGACGGUAGCUCGUGGACUUAUAUGUAUGGUUUUGGACAUUGCAAUCACUUUAGCUAUAUCUAUAUCUCUUUUUUACAUGUUUGCAGGAUACGUGGUAUCACCCUAUGAACGGCCACUUCCUUGCAAUGACGACUCUAUAAAAAUGCCGUUCAAGGAAAACACUAUUAGGAUGAAGCAUCUUCUUGUUGUUGCGCUAGGCACUCCUUUUUUCAUUAUAUGCUUCGUUGAAGCACUAGUCUAUCGUCAUUCGCAGGGACCCAACAAACUUGCCAACUAUUUUGUCACUUCAACACUUCUCUACCUCAAAUACGAGCUUACGUUUGCCCUAUGCGUAUUUCUUAUGGAGUACCUAAAAUGCACAUUUGGACGUUUACGCCCUCAUUUUAUCGCAGCCUGUCAGCCUGAUUGGUCAAGGAUGGAUUGCACCGAAAAAGAGUCCAUUCCGGCCUCCCAAACUUACUGCAUGAACGAUGUCCGCCGUGUCCGUACAGCACGAACAUCAUUUCCUUCUGGUCACACAGCCGCAGCCUUUCAUGUUCUGCUUUUCUUAGGAUUAUAUUUGACAAGGAUGGCAAGGAUCACAGGCUUGCCUUCUUUGUAUAAAACUCGGAACGUACUUCUCACUAUCUUUUCCAUAUGGACAGCGUUCACUGCAAUAACACGGGUUACGGAUUAUUGGCAUUAUCCUACCGACGUACUAGGUGGCAUCGCUUUAGCAGCAGUUUGCGUUCUGCCAACAUUUGGAUGGCAAUGGAGGACCCAUGAAGAAGUUUACGGAUUUCGUCAACUGUGGGGAGAACGACCUCAUUUCGAAUAGAAAAUUAUUGGGUAUAAUUUUUACUGAAGCAUUCCAUGAUUUUUGAUUUGUUUUGCGGUUUCACUGUGAUGUUAUCUUUAAUGUUCUCUAUUUUCGGCUCAUGGUGCAUUGGUCUCUUUGAUAGGUCUAGUAGGAAUUGAAGAAAUGGGUGAAAUGAUAUUGAUUUGUGCAUAUUGAUAGUCUAUAAAUAGUGCACAC